UCAACCCUCUAACAGAAAUUUUCUUUAAUCUUAUUACAAUUAUAAGUGAACUUCUGUAAUCAAAUUUUUCAAGCACUAAGAAUUAACUAUGAAUGAACCUCCUGAUGUGAUUGAUGCUGGCAAUCAAUACAAGAUCAUUGCUGAGGCUCUUCCCCUCUGUUCAUCUGAUGAGUUGCCUACAGUGCCACCUGGGGAACGGCCCUCCCUUGUAGAUGCCGUCUCCUCAUUUGGGCUGCUGCUGGUGGCCAAAGCUGGAACAUUGAUAGUGAAAAGAACCAGUGCAUUGGUGGACAGCUUGUCUGGGGGAGAUGGUGGUGUGGAGGUGUGGUGUGGUGGUCGCAUCACUCAUGUCACCCACACAUGUGACAGUCUCUCUGUGCUGGUUAUCACCAUUUGGGAUGAUGACUGCCCUCACAUGCUGUUAUUUGACACAGCCACCCUCAUUCAGCAGGGCUGCAAUGCUCGCCCUUACCUGGAGUGCACCAACAGCAGCAGUGUGGGCAGUCGGGUGCUGGCGUUGGCAGUGAACCCUACAGACCCUGCCUGUGUUGCUUACUGCACUAGCACUGGAGACCUCACUGUCAUCAACAUUUCUAGUGACAGCGUUAAUUACAACACCAAAAAUAAUGUUGGGGCAAGUGCUCUUGGAUGGUCCGCCAAAGGCAAACAAAUCUGCGUUGGCUGCAUGAAUGGGAUGCUGUCUUUGUACAAGCCAGACUUGACGCCUGUACGUUCCAUCCCACCGCCUACUUUGGAUGUCACUCCUGCGCCCAUCACAGCCCUUGUGUGGUUCACUAACACUGAAUUCUUUGUAUGCUACAGCCAAAAUAGCCAAACCUGUCUGGUGUACGUGAAUGGACCGAAGGGUCAGCAAGCACAGUAUAUAAACUACGAAGAUGUUUGCUUCUCUAUGGAUAGCGAGGAGCCUCUGUUCUAUCACCUCAUCUUUGUUCCCCAGUGGAACCAGCUGCUGGUGCUGUCUUCAGGAGGUAUCGAGAUGGCAACACUCAUGAAGAGUGCAGAUGGAAGCUGGUCACAACUCUCCCUAGAUGAAGGCAGUCGUGCUGAGAUGCACUUCAUCAAUGUCACUCAAGAAACCUUCCCACUCGGCAUGACCCUGGACCUCGCCUCUAAAAAGACUUUCACUGUUAAAGAAGAUGUCACGGAAGGCCCAUUCCCAAUGGUAGUAUCUCUGUCUACGGGCGGGGAGCUCAACUUCUUCUACUUGUGCAACAAAUUUGCCGGAGCACCCGACCUCCUGGCAGGGUUUACGCAGCAGGCUGUCACUGGACCAGUCCGCACUCCUCAACAGUAUCGUUCCAACAUCGUCAUUCCUGCCCGUAAUCCUGCACAAACCACGACAAGUGUUGAUGCUAGGCAAUCUAGCGACGCUACCUCCGUUACGUUUGGUGCUAUGAGUUCUGCUUUUGGCGGUAUUGGCUCUGCUUCUAACACCCUUGGCACAUCAGCUGCAAGUGCAGGUUUCCUGCCUGGUAGCUCUGUUGCAUCGGAUUUUACGGCUGUUAGUGCGCCCGUCACUGGUAUUGUUGCUGCAGUUGGAGGAUCCACUUCAUCUGCACCAGUCUUCUCAACCGGUGGUGGCUUGUUCUCUGAUAGCGCAGCUCCUAAAAACAGAACUUCAUCACUUUUUGGUGGUUCCUCUCUAUUUGGAGACAAAGGCAGCUCCUCUACACCCUCAUCAUCCUUCUUUGGCGGCUCUAGUUCUCUUUUCGGUGGCACUGCCACCAAGAGCAAUCCUCCGCUCACCAGCCCUGCCCCAACCAGCGCUAAGAGCACAUUUGGUGGCGGUGAUCCAGCUUCCUCUUUCAGCUUUGCUGUUGGAGCAUCUGCGUUCUCCGUGCCUGCAUCCCAGCCUAGCGGAGCUCCCUCACCAAGCCCUGGCCUAAACCCUGCCGGUAGCAAAGGUUUCUUCAGCACCCCUGCUGCAGUGCCAGCUUCUCAAUCCAUUCUCUCUAGCCAGCCUCUCCCAGCCACCCCAAGUACUCCCCGCCUUUCCGUCACUUCCAAUACUGUUGGGAUCUCUGCUGGUAGUAUCAGCUCAUCCACAGCUGGUGGUGUCAGCUCAUCCACAGCUGGUGGUGUCAGCUCAUCCACAGCUGGUGGUGUCAGCUCAUCCACAGCUGGUAGUGCGGCCAGCACUUUUGCUGCAGUUACUUCAGCUUCAGUCAUGCGGCCAACAGCAGCCACGAGUAGAGCGUCCGGAGCAGUAGUACAACAGGCAACUGCUGGGUGCAGUAACCGUAGUGUUACUCACGAGGCAGCAAUUCUUGCUCAGUGUAUAAAAGAGCAGGAUCUUUUUGAGGCUGAGCUCCAUGACCAUUUUGCGAUGUGUGAGCAAAACCAGUAUAAGGGCGGAUGGCAGCAAUACGACGCGGUACAGGAAGCCCUGCAGUCCUGCAGCAGGGAGCUCGAUGACCGUCAGCAGGAGGUGUCUGGUGUCAGCGACUCGGUCGCCAACCUUCACCACGAGAUCCUCGAGUUCUACUCUGCCUUCGAGACAGUCAAGGCUGCGGUGCAGCAGCUCAAAGAUCCAAGAUGCGCAAGUGUGAGCGAAUGGCGCGGGCUGGACCGCAACAGCGAGCGGCAGCUGCAGCAACUACGGGACCAGAUGCUCUACAUCAAGCGGGAGCUCCCCUACGCCAACGCCACGCUCGACAGCCUGCCUACCACCGCCACCAGCAGUACUCGGCAGCGGCGUGCCAUCGAUGACAGAGGAGGAGCGACGAAGGUGUACCGCGCGGUGCAGCUCAACCACACCGCCAGGGUCUCCUGCGAACGGCAGCUCGACCAACUUGCCUCCAAGCUCAAGAAACUCUCCGUGCUGGGAGGCCAGUUUCCCUUGAAGCCACCUGCUAAGCCCUCUGGUCGGUAUGGCAUCAGCGACGCAAGUCUCUUGGUUGACGAAGACAAGGAAAACCUCAGCACUGAUCUAACCGCUGAGAAACAACAGCAGCUCUGGACUUUCUUACAGCGCCGGGGUAACACCCCUGUUAGGAAGAGCGGCGAGGCAGCUGUCACCCCAUACACCGCUCGUGGAGUCAUAGCUUCCAAGUCUGCCACUCCUCUGCAGCCGCGUCAACUGCACACACCAGAGACGUCGCUCAUGUCGCUUAGCUUUGGUCCCACCAAAUGCUCAACUCCUGCUGGUGCUGAUGCCGCGUCAAAACAACAGCCAUCAGCAAAACUUAACUUUGGAUCCAGCCAAAGUUCAGUUCUCCGUCAACCCAACGUCGUCGCGGUCGGGAUCCCUGGGGUGACUGUUAAAGCCGAACCUACGGUGGCGCAAGUCAGUGCAAGUCCCAAGUAUGAAGACAUAACACCUCCUGGUACUCCAGAGAACGGGCAUGACGGUCGAGACCUCGAGAAGAACGAUAGACCUGUGACAUCAAGCAAUCCGCUCUCUGCUCUCUCAUCUCUUGUGGGCAAAGUCCCGCCCAGUUUUAACAUGAGCGAAAUCCCUCAAGUUUCUCAUGGCCAAUUACCAGAAACUCCAAAAAAUUCUAACAUUGGUGGAAAUUUCAGUGCAUUUGCCUCUGUCAAACCCGGGUUGAAUUUUAAUUCAAAUUCGGGGAACGAGUCUAAGAAUGUUUUCGGUACAUCUUUCCUUCAGCAACCUUCUGUAGGCUUUUCAUCGAGUCUAUCUACGACCAGCUCGACAACUGUAACAACCUCAAUGCCAUGUAAUGUCUCUCCUGCAAGUACCUCGAUACCUGCUACGUCUACGACGGCCCUCUUCUCUGCCAAUGUAUCUGGUGGUGGCAAUCGUUUGGGGGAGAAUUCAGAAUCCAGUGGGUUCUUCAAAUUAGAGGGUGGUGAAGCGACCCUUUUUAAAUCCACUCCAGUUUCCCUCACCACGACAGCAUCCACUGUAGCUAGCCAUCCUUCAGACAUCAGCUCUUCUAGCAACACUGUAAUGUUUGGUGGAAGUUUGUUUGGAAGCAACAACUCCAAGACUAGCUUAUUUACCAGCACUGGGGCAGUUACCUCGCUUCUCAAAAGUGUUAGUAGCCCUAGUCCAUUUGGUGGAACUUUGCCCAAGAACAGCAACCACCCGUUACUAACAACUGGUGGCGAGACAUCGAGUCUUACUCUGACUCCAGUGGAUCCCACUUCUCAAGCUACUACUGCUGUGAAGACUCAAGACUUCUCGAAACUGUCCGUGAGUAUCACACCAGUGUCAGAGGUGACCAACCCUGCCGACUCUGCAUCGUCUUCAUCUUCAAGUGCCGAUGCGGCUGCCUCCACUCAACUCUCAGCUGUUGCCAGUUCAGCGCCGUCUUUCGCGAUUUGCUCGAUAACUUCUUCAACCAGCAAAGAUUUGACUGAAACCAGCAGCACUGGAAUCGUAACGGCGUCGCAACCAAGCACUCCAAAAAUGUCAGGAUUUGGUGCGACAUUCAGCACCUCAGGAUCUUCCACUCUCUUUGGAGCACUCACAUCAAUGCCCAGUACUAAUGUAUCUCAAAGUGGCGCAUCACAGCCUUCCGCUUCCUCUGCUGCUACAAGCUCAGUCUUUAACUCUACCCCCUCUGUUGCUGGAUCAGCUGCUAGUGCACUUGGACUAUCUUCAAGUUCAAAUCUGCCUAAAUUUACGGCAUUUCCACCAACUUCCUCAUCAUCGACUGCUGGUGUUACCUCAGGUUCUCUUUUCAAACCAGCCACACCUUCAAGUCCCACUGUGUUAAAUGUACCGCAAACUUCAUUCUCUGUUUCAUCUGCCCACUCGGCUUUCAGUCUACAAUCUUCUACUUCUUCAGCUGUGGGUAUUCCAUCUUCAAUGGCCUCCCUUUUUGGUGCUACGGCAUCAGGAGGUGUGACAAUUACCACUUCGACAUCUGUUUUGGUACCUUCGUCUACGUCUGCCUUUGGAUCACCAUUGUCAUCUGUCUCUGCAUCUGGAACUGCCUCAAACGCUUCAGGAGUCACAACUGCUUUUUCUUCUGUUAACUCUCUCUUUAAAUCUCCAGAAACCUCCUCAUCUGUCAUUGCAACGACCACCGGCACGUCUGCGUUUGGAGCAAAAGUGACAUCUCCUACUUCAUUAUUUGGAACUCCUUCGGCUUCUGUGUUUGGAGCACCAGCCUCGUCAGCUACUUCUCUGUUCUCGGCACCUUCGUCCACCAACUCUUUAUUUGGAACAGCUAUUUCGUCGUCUAAUUCUCCAUUUGGGGCUCUUCCCACUACCUCGAGUUCAAUUUUCAGCUCUCCAGCACCGUCAAGCUCAGUUUUUGGUCAACCUCCUGCCACUUCUAGUUCAGUGUUUGGAGCAUCUGCUUCUACUUCAGGUUCAGUAUUUGGAGCUCCUGCCACUUCUAGCUCAGUGUUUGGAGCAUCUGCUUCUACUUCAGGUUCAGUAUUUGGAGCUCCUGCCACUUCUAGUUCAGUUUUUGGAGCAACUGCUUCUAACUCAGGUUCAAUAUUUGGAACUCCUGCAUCUUCAGCUGCGCCACUGUUCGGAUCUACUGCGUCAUCUUCGGGCUCUGCAUUUGGGGCACCCGCAUCAUCUGGCUCUCUAUUUGGAGCGCAAGCCUCAUCCGGAGGUUCUGUGUUUGGAGCCCCCGUUUCAUCUAGUUCAGUAUUUGGCACUCAAGUUUCCUCAUCUGGUUCUGUAUUUGGAACAAACUCUUCGUCUGGCUCAGUUUUCGAAGCCCCAAGUUCUACAGCUUCCGUAUUUGGAGCCGCUUCUCCUUCCGUGUUUGGGUCGUCUUCUGCCUCGGGCUCUGUCUUUGGGACGGGAAGUGUUUUUGGUGCCAAGCCCGCCGUGAGCGCAGGCUCGGUGUUUGGAGGAGGCGGGUCUGCGUUUGGUGUUGGUGGCUCAGUAUUUGGGGGCGCAGCGCCCGCCACAUCCUCAGCAUCAGUGUUCGGAGGUGCGCCUUCCGUCGGAGCUUUUGGUUCUGCAUCAAACACAGGAGGCAGUGUGUUCGGUGGAGGGGCUUCUUUUGGAGCGUCAUCUUCGUCCGUGUUUGGUGGAUCCUCGAGUUCUUCUGGUGGAGCAUCGUCUUCAAUAUUUGGAGGUGGCGCCAUUCUGAGCGGGCUUGGCAGCUCUACCCCUGCCAACCCGCCAAGCAAGAACGUCUUCGGCAUCUCCAGCUCAGCUGUCAAGCCACAGACUGAUCUCUUCGGAGGGUCUGGUGGUGUGGCUUCGCCGUCUGUCUUUGGCAGCGCCUCAGCCAGCCCGCUCAGUAAACCUGCUUCAGCGUUCGGGGCAGCUCCGACCUUCGGAUCGCCUCCCAAGUUUGGCGCGAGCCCCGCGUUCGGCAGUCCACCGGCGUUCGGGGGCAGCGUGUUCGGGGGGAAUAGCGCGGCUGCCGGGAGCUCCGGCGCUACAGGAGGUUUCAGCAGCUUUGCCAACGCCACAGGCACCGCCACUUUUGGAGGACUGGCUGCCAGCGGCAGCAACAACAGCGCGUUUGGCUCUUCGUCGAACUCCAACUCUCCCUUCGCGUCUGGCGGGAGUUCCUUCACGAGCUGGCGUUGAGUGUGGCAACGGAGCGCUGCGCUGCGACCUUCUUAGUAUUUAGUGACGCUUCAAACAAAUUAAUUUCCUAUGGCGUUUUGAACUUCUUUGCCGGCAUAUAACAAGAAACAAUCGAGGGUUUUUCGACUUUUACUAAAUUAUUAAUAUUUUAUCAUGAGGAACUCUUACAAAAAUUUGUAU